AUAAUAAUAAGCUGGAGCAAGGUACUCUCUUAGUUGCGAUCUUCUCUUUGCUGAUACAACAUCAAGCUAGUGUACUGAGAUGGAUAAUGUGUUUGGUGUGGAGAACAAGUCUUCAGAUUCGAGCGUUCAAUUCAUUAUAGAUAGACAUUUUAAUCAAUUAAGUGAAUACCAUUCUGUUCCUUUAGAAAAAAUGAGAUAUCAAUAUAAAUUAAGUGAACUCUUGGACACGCACCUAGAUAUAUUGGCACAGUUAGCAGAAAAAGGAUGGACAAAUCUACAAUAUUUAACUUUUGUGAGAGACUAUGAAAAAUUAGGAGUUUGGCAUAGUGAUAACUAUAAUCAUAUUCUUGUUUGUGAUUUAUACGGAUCAUCAUAUGAUAAAUUCUGGGCCGAUGGUGACUUCGCCGAUUCGUGGAGAUGUCCGUGUGGGCAUCUUAAAGACUCUAUCGAUAAAAUUAAAAAAGUUAUAAUAGAAAACAACGCUCAUUUAACAGAAGAACAAUUAAAUCAAGUUAUCUGGAAUUUUUUUCGAGAUUCUGCAGAUGAGACAGGUUUAGAACAGGAUUGACAAAGAAAGAUCAAAACCAAGUAUGUGUACAAUAUUGUAAAUAAAUGAAAUGCAACAACUUUGCUACAGUUAAAAUAUUAAAAUGACAUAUUGAUGAUAGAAAACGCUGACAAGAUUCAUGUUUGAAAAAUGAGAUGCUCUUACUUUGAUGUUGAAGGAUCUAACAUUGAUUUGAAUUAAAAUUAGAAUCAUGGGUUUUAUUGGAGAUUUCUAGCAAUGUCUCAUGCUAAGUUCUAGACGAGAUUUUUUUUUUUCGUCUUCUAACACAUGGAUGCUUUUCGAAAAAUGAUCGUGUGUGGCAUACUUACAAUCUGAUAACGAUCUGGGAGCACGUGUUGUUGUUGGGGAGAAAUUCGAAUUUUUUUUCGCCUUGUGCCACGCUCUCGCUCGCACGUGUCUGGAACAGAGAGAGAAACGAAUGCUAUAUAAACACGUGCGAUGAGAGGAAAAUCACCAUUUACAUCAGAGACACAGAGACUUCACAUACGAGAUGAGUUCGCCGUCGUUUAUCCUCCCGGAUAGCCCGCCUCCGCAGCAUGUCCUAAACUACUGGCAGCGCAAAGCUGCCGAGAGCUGCGCCAGCUCUUCUGCUGCGGCCGCCUCAGCUCCUGCCUCCACUGCACCCGCUCCACACCGUUCGACAUCGCCAGGGGGCGAGAUGGUGAUUGGAGACAGCCCCAUCCAACGCCUGCGUCCGCCAGCUACGUGGGCUCCGCGCCGUGCUGUGUUGACGACGCUGUCGAACAAUAUUAGGGAGAGGCAAGCGAAGAGGAAACUCGACUUCGAGGAGGGCGAAGUGAGCGGUGAAGAGGAUAGCGUGCUCCCUCAAUCAAAGAAACGUAUGCCGGAUGAGGACUCCUCCCUCGUGCCCUUGAUAAAGGAGGCUGAAAUGGGGUUUGUCGAACUCAUCAACAAACCAGUGGCCAAGCCGUGGGUCCCCUUACGCGAGUUGGAGGAGGACCAGCCCUACCGAAUCGUGUGCGCGAGGGAGCACACGAACCAACAUGGUCGCCGCAUAAUUUUGAAAAUCAUCAAUGCAGGAAGCAAAUGUGAGGUGUAUCUACCUCAAAGAUUUGCUUCCUGCAUUGAUGCAGCAAAAAUUCGUGAAUUUAAUGUAUCAUGUAAAAAUUAUGUUUUAGUAGUUACGCAUAAGUGCCCAAAUUGGACAGAUAUAAAAAUUGUUAAAGCAUAACAAUUUUUAUAUCUGUAUACAAUUUGGACACUUGUGUGUAACGAAUUGUAUAUAUAUGUAUGUGACUAGAUGAAUAGUUCAAUAAAAUGAGUGUAUAUUUGAUAAAAA